UAUAGUGUACUUCACAGCACUUCCACCACCAUAGCGUUCGCGUUAACAGGUGUUUAAACACGUACGGUAACAUCGCGUACAUGUCUCGUUUUAAAAGAGGAGCACAUGUGGACUCUAUAGCAGGGUUCAAACAGGAGAAAGAGGAGUGUCCUGUGCCAUAUGGAUUGCUGAAAUCUGCAAGAAAGAGCGGGCAGCUCAAUCUAUCCGGUCGCGGUCUAACUGAAGUUCCUCAGAGUGUAUGGAGACUAAACAUAGACACACCUCAGGAGGCCCAGCAGAACUUGUCAUUUGGAGCUGCAGAUCGGUGGUGGGAGCAGACAGAUUUGACUAAACUUAUCCUGUCCUCUAACAAACUCCAAAGCCUCUCUGAAGACAUCAAACUGCUUUCUGCCCUGCUUGUCCUAGAUAUCCACGACAAUCAACUAAACUCACUCCCAGAAUCUAUUGGAGAUCUAGAGCAACUGCAGAAGCUCAUACUGAGUCACAAUAAACUGACAGAAUUUCCUUCGGGUCUUUGGAGACUUACAAACCUGCAAUGUCUCCAUCUGCAGCAGAACCAAAUCGAACAGCUUCCACAGGACUUGGGGAAGCUGGUUCAUUUGGAUGACCUUGAUCUCUCCAACAAUCAAUUAAUGGAUAUUCCAGAGAGCCUGUCAAACCUGACCAAUCUUGUGAAAUUGAAUUUGUCUUGCAACAAGCUCAAGAGUCUCCCUCCUGCCAUCAGUCAAAUGAAAAACUUAAAAAUGCUAGACUGCACUCGAAAUCAGAUGGAAAGCAUUCCUCCCAUUCUGGCUCAGAUGGAGUCUCUUGAGCAGCUUUACCUGAGACACAACAAGUUACGCUUUCUGCCAGAACUGCCUGGCUGUAAAACACUCAAGGAACUUCAUUGUGGGAACAACCAGAUUGAGGUAUUGGAGGCAGACCAUUUAAAGCCCUUGAGUGCUCUGAGUGUCUUGGAACUCAGAGAUAACAAGGUGAAGAAACUUCCUGAAGAAAUAAAUCUACUGCAAGGCCUGGAGCGCCUGGAUCUUACUAACAAUGACAUCAGCAGCCUGCCAUGUGGACUUGGCACAUUACCCAAGCUUAAGUUUUUGGCUUUGGAGGGAAAUCCACUGAGGGCAAUCCGCAGGGACCUCCUUAGUAAAGGCACUGGUGAUCUCCUAAAAUAUCUCAGAAGUCGAAUACAAGAGCAACCUGAUGGGAACUUGAAAGAAGAGCCAAAGACAGCAAUGACUCUCCCAAGCCAGGCUAAGAUUAAUGUACAUGCCAUCAAAACUCUGAAAACACUGGACUACAGCGAGAAACAAGAGGCAUCUAUUCCUGAUGACGUGUUUGAUGCAGUUGAUGUUAGUCCUGUGGCCAACGUGAACUUAAGCAAAAACCAGCUGACAGCAGUUCCACCCAGAAUUGUCGAGUUGAAGGACACUCUUGCAGACAUUAAUCUUGGGUUUAAUAAGAUAACGACUCUUCCAGUGGACUUUUCGAAACUGCAGCUGCUGGUACAUAUAGAUCUCAGAAACAAUCUGUUGAUGGCACUGCCAAUGGAGUUGGAAACCCUAACCAAGCUCCGAAGUAUUAUUUUGUCUUUUAAUAGGCUUAGAUCAUUCCCAGAUGUACUGUACAACAUCCCUUCUCUCGAGACCAUUUUAAUCAGUAACAAUCAGGUUGGAGGCAUUGAUCCUGUCCGGCUCAAGAUCCUAAACAGGCUGUCUACUUUGGAUCUGUCCAACAAUGAUAUUAUGCAAGUGCCACCAGAACUUGGCAACUGCACCAGUUUGAGGGCUUUAAUGCUUGAUGGAAAUCCUUUCCGUAAUCCAAGAGCAGCUAUCCUAGCUAAAGGAACAGAUGCUGUCCUUGAAUAUCUCCGAAGUCGUAUUCCAACAUAGUCUUCUCUUUUUUUCUAUGAUUUCAACCAUUUCAUGUAUUUCAUUCAUUACAAUGGCACAAUGUUCAAUUCUUGUGCCAUUACACUUUGUACCAAAUGAAAUACUUAUAAAGAAACAUGGUAAGUCUCAGAACUGCACUCUAAUUACGAUUUGCACUUCAAACAUAAGACACAUCUCACGCGAUGUGAAAAUUAAGACACACAUUUUUCUAUAUGCCUUACCUGCCACUGUACCCUUAAGCAAAACAUUAUAAAAUUGGUACAGAAUUUUGUAAUGGCAUCUUUUAUAGAUAAACUGUCUGCAUGCUUUGUUUUGAAAUUAAGGAUUAAAGGCAACCAAAUGAAAAAAGACUAUGAGUGUUCCUCAAGCUUUUAAUCCACAUCCACAUAAUUUCCUGUUGUUGUUUUUUUAAACACUCGUCUGUGUAAAUGUUUUAUGUUAUCCAGUAUGAAGGUACAACCAAUAAAUUAUGAAUAAUUAAGAUUUCUGGUCACACAUUAGUUUUUUUUUUUUUUUUUCAUCUACAA